AUGGCCAAUCGAACGGUAAAAGAUGCAAAAACAAUUCACGGGACAAAUCCUCAGUAUUUGAUAGAAAAGAUCAUCCGGUCUCGUAUUUACGACAAUAAAUUCUGGAAAGAAGAAUGCUUUGCUUUGUCUGCUGAGUUACUUGUGGACAAGGCCAUGUUAAUGCGAUUUAUAGGAGGAGUAUUUGGAGGUAAUAUCAAACCCACACCUUUCUUGUGUUUGACGUUGAAGAUGUUGCAAAUACAACCAGAAAAAGACAUCAUUGUGGAGUUCAUAAAAAAUGAAGAAUUCAAAUAUGUCCGCGCGCUUGGGGCAUUUUAUAUGCGUUUGACAGGCUCGUCAGUGGAUUGUUAUAAAUAUCUGGAACCAUUGUUGGCAGACAGUCGUAAGUUAAGAAGACAAAAUCGGGAGGGUCAGUUCGAGCUUAUAUACAUCGAUGAAUUUAUUGACUCAUUGCUACGAGACGAACGUGUUUGUGACGUUAUUUUACCACGUAUACAAAGCAGACAUGUACUGGAAGAAAAUAAUGAGUUAGAACCCAAAGUUUCUAUACUUGAAGAGGACAUAGAAGAAGGUGUUGAAUCAUCAGAUGAAGAAGAGUCUACAGAUAAAAGAAGAGAAAAGGAACACAGGAAUAAACAUUCCCCUGUGAAAGAAAAAAGAAGAGACAGAGAGCGUGAUAAGAGGAAUAGAGAUAGAGAUCGAGAUCGUGAUCGUAGAGAUCGUGAUAGGGGCGAUAGAAGAGAUAGAGACCGACAUAGAAGGAGUAGAAGUCAUGAUCGAGAACGAUCAAGAAGACAUAGGUCAAGAUCACCUUAUAGAAAAUAA